AUAUUCAUCAUUUAUAGUAUCUGAUCUUAGAAGUUAUUAAUUACCAUCAAUCGUAGACUUUCAUUUUUUGUUUGGCAUCUAAAAACACUUUGUAUCAGAAAAGGAAUUGAUCUCACAACUACAAUACACUGUCUCUCGAUCCAGAGAUGAAGGGUCAAAACCAGAACCCAAUAAACUCAGUUUCCAAGCUCUUAAAUUCCCAGUUACAUCCCCAGUAUAUACUCUCCUAUUUCGUCCUCUUUGGUUGUGGUUUAACCUUUGGGGUCAUACUCAGUUUCUACCUCAAAAGCGUUUCAUUUAGUCUACAAUUCGUCCAGUUGUCGUUUCCAGCAAAUUUACCGCCAUCAUUACCAUCAUCGCAAUUGGUGGAGCCGAGUUUGACAGCAGGAACAUCGACGGGUCGCAUAGGACUGAGAGAGUAUCUGGAGCCGCCUAGUGUUAUGCACGACAUGGAUGAUAAGGAACUGCUUUGGAGAGCUUCAAUGGUUCCUCAGAUUCGAGAAUAUCCAUUUGAUAGAGUUCCAAAGGUUGCGUUCAUGUUCUUGACGAGGGGACCAGUUAUUUUGGGUCCUCUGUGGGAGAAAUUCUUCAAGGGGCAUGAAGGGUUCUACACAAUUUACGUGCACUCAAAUCCGCCUUAUAACGGAUCAUAUCCUGAAAGUCCCGUGUUUCAUGGCCGAAGAAUUCCUAGCAAGGAAGUUCAAUGGGGAAAGGUGAACAUGAUAGAGGCUGAGCGCCGGCUACUAGCCAACGCCCUUCUAGAUAUCUCAAACCAGCGUUUCAUACUUCUCUCGGAGUCAUGCAUUCCUCUCUUCAACUUCUCCACCGUUUACUCCUACCUUCUCAACUCAACCCAAAACUAUGUCAUGGCUUAUGAUGAUCCCAGCAUCGUUGGUCGAGGACGCUACAUUCCUCGUAUGAGUCCCGAGAUCACACUUCAGCAAUGGAGAAAAGGGUCGCAAUGGUUCGAGAUGGACCGAGACCUAGCCACUGAAGUUGUCUCAGACCAAAAAUAUUUCUCAAUUUUUCAGAAGCUUUGCCGCGGUUCAUGUUAUGCAGAUGAACAUUACUUGCCAACUUUUGUGAGCAUCAAGUUUCGGGAGAGGAAUUCAAACAGGAGUUUGACUUGGGUAGACUGGUCAAAGGGUGGCCCCCAUCCAGCUAAGUUUUAUAGAACAGAUGUGACAGUGGAGCGUUUGAAGAUGCUGAGGAGCGGAAGCAAGUGCGAGUAUAGAGGAAACACCACGAAUAUUUGCUUUCUAUUUGCCAGGAAAUUUUUGCCUGGUACUCUCGACAGGCUCUUGAGGUUUGCUCCAAAGCUCAUGCACUUCAACAAAUAGGUUUAGAAAUUACGAAGCCAUUCUUUCUUCAACUGUAAUGAUUUUCUCUAAUGGAGCAAUUUGGGUGGAACACCAUUUACAUAGUCAUAAUUCAUGACUUGUACAUUAAAAAGAAAAAUGAUGAU